AUGGAAUUGGGGAAACCGAUAGGGCUAGAUGACUCAAGCCUAAUAGAAUAUUUCAUCGAAGGCAUACCGGACUCAAGGUCGAACAAAAGCAACCUAUACCAGACGAAAACUAUACAGGAUUUGAAGGAGCAGAUCAAGGUGUAUGAGAAGAUUCGCUACAGCCAGUCACUAUCCGUGAAUGGGAACCAGGAGAAGGCAUCGUCGUCAAACAAGGAUUUCCAGAAAGCAGUUCCAUUUAGCAGGAAAUGUUUUAUCUGCGGGGAUUCAUCACAUCUCGCUAGAAGUUGUCCACGCAAUAAGAUAUCGUGUUACAAUUGCGGUAAAGUGGGUCAUCGUGCAGCUGAUUGUAAGGCAGGAAGGAAAACUCCUAAAUCGGAACGAAGCAGCGUCAAUAAUAUGACGGAUGAAGGAGAAAUCGUAAAAUCGGAGAAGCGGAGUGGAUUGAUCUUUAAGGAUGUAAGUUUCAAUGGAAAAUCUGCGUCGGCAUUAAUCGACACAGGUAGCGUUAUACGUUAA